UUAAAAUGAGAAAAACAGAGGUUCUUACAGUAAUGAUUCUUAUGGUUUUGGUCGAGUCAGGCCUGGUCAAAAAGGCUACAGCACACCCAUGUGGUCGAACAUUUUUGUCCGCUUUGAUUGAACUCGUGCCUUGUACACUAUCAGUGGUGCCGUUUAGCACAUUGUCUCCGAACGAGCCAUGUUGCACUGCCAUCAAAACGCUUGGUCAGCCUUGUCUAUGCGUUAUUGCCAAUGGACCAUCUAUUCCUGGCGUUGACCACACUCUCGCUCUCCAGUUACCUGGAAAAUGUUCUGCCAAUUUUCCUCCGUGUAACUAAUUUUCUGCAUGUAAUAAGAAAAUCACGAAUUGCUUCGGUUUUAAUAUAGACUUGAGAAUUAUAAUUUUAGUGUCAAUGUUCAAGACUAAUAAAGAAGUGAGAGUAACUUUA